GCGGCCGACCUCAGUCCUGGGCUCGGAGUCCGCACCGGGAGACACAGGUCCUGGGAGUUUUCUGGUUCGCUCUCAGCCCUCCCGGAUGAUCUAUUUCUGUCUUUCCUUUGGGAAAAAUGCGCUUUGCCAAUGACUAAUCGCAGGCCCACCGAGAUGCUAUCGGCAGGGCAGGACCCCCGCCCGGGGCGGAAAUGAGGAGAUAGAGCUGUCUGCAGCCCCACGUGCCAGCAGCACCUGCGCCGGCCCCAGGGAUGCGGCCGCCACAGUGACUGCCGGCCGAGGUCGCCGCCAGGGCCGAGCCACGUGCGCAAGGAGCCGGCGGCUGCCUCCCCGACGCGGGCGAGUGCGGAGCCGCUGGAUGGAGCUUGGGACCCGGGCCCCUCAUGUCUGCCCUGCUGACUCUGUGUGUCGUGCUCCUGCCCCUGGCGACCCCGGGCCGCGGCGCCCGGCAAUGGGAGCCCUGCACUGACCUGCGGCCCCUGGAUGUGCUGGCAGAGGCGGUCCCUCCCGAUGGCUCUGCAGUCGGGGUCAGGGUGAUGCAGGUCCAAGGCGCACGAGGACUCCAGCUCUCAGCCGCCGCGCCCCAUGCCCUGAGCUUCCCUGCCUCGAGGAUUUUCUUCAGAUGUGACCUCUUCCCGGAGGAAUUUUCCAUCGUUGUGACCUUGAGAGUCCCCAGCCUGCCCCCUAAGAAGAAUGAGUACCUGCUGACGGUGGUGGCCGAGGAGCGCGACUCGCUGCUGCUGGGCCUGCGUUACUCGCCCACCCAGCUGCACUUCCUCUUCCUCAGCGAGGACGGGGCAGGCGCCUGGCAGACCCGCGUGUCCUUCCGCAGCCCGGCUCUGGUGGACGGCCAGUGGCACGUGCUGGUCUUGGCCGUGUCCGAGGGCUCCUUUUCGCUCACUACGGACUGCGGCCCCGCCGUGGACAUAAUGGCUGACAUGCCCUUCCCAGCCACCCUGUCUGUGCGAGGAGCCCGGUUCUUCAUUGGCAGUAGGCGGAGGACCAAAGGCCGGUUCACGGGCCUGGUGAGGCAGCUGGUUCUGCUGCCUGGCUCGGAUGCCACCCCGAGGCUCUGUCCCUGCAUGAAUCCUGAGCUUGCUGUGCUGUCCAUCCCCGCUAUCCUGCAUGGCCUCACAGGGAAGCCAGAAGACAACGAGGUGCUAAAAUACCCCUAUGAAACUGAUAUGAAGGUGACGCUGGGACCCCGGCCUCCGUGCACCAAAGCGGAGGAUGCCCAGUUCUGGUUCGAUGCCAGCCGCAAGGGGCUAUACCUGUGCGUGGGCAGUGAGUGGGUCUCCGUGUUAGCAGCCAAAGAAAGGCUGGAUUAUGUGGAGGAGCAUCAGAGGCUGUUCACUAACUCAGAGACUCUGGGCAUUGAGGUCUUUGUCAUCCCUGAGGCCGGGCUCUUUGUAGCAACUGCCAACCGGAAAACCACAUCCGCCAUCUACAAGUGGACUGACGGCAAGUUUGCUUCAUACCAGGACAUCCCCACGCACCAGGCCCAGUCCUGGAGACACUUCACCAUCGGGAAAAAGAUCUUCCUGGCUGUGGCUAAUUUUGAGCCGAAUGAGAAAGGUCAGGAGUUCUCGGUCAUUUACAAGUGGAGCCAGAGAAGGCUGAGGUUCACGCCAUACCAGAGGGUGCCCACCCACAGUGCCCGGGACUGGGAGGCCUUUGAGGUGGCCGGCGAGCACUUCCUGGCCGUGGCCAACCAUCGGGAAGGCGACAACCAUAACAUUGACAGCGUCAUCUACAAGUGGAACCCGGGGACCCGGCUCUUCGAGGCCAACCAGACCAUCGCCACUUCGGGCGCCUAUGACUGGGAGUUCUUCACGGUGGGGCCCUACGCCUUUCUGGCUGUGGCCAACGCCUUCAACGGCACGUCCACGCGGCUGCAGUCCCACCUGUAUGUGCGGCUGGGCGGCUCCUUCCAGCUCUUCCAGUCCUUUCUGACGUUUGGCGCCGCAGACUGGGAGGUUUUCUACAUUGGGGAGAGGGUCUUCCUCGCCGUGGCGAACAGUCACCGCUACGACGUCGAGAUGCGCGUGCAGAACGACUCCUACGUCAUCAACUCGGUCAUAUACGAGCUGAACGUCACCGCGCAGACGUUCGUCCGCUUCCAGGAGAUCCGCACUUGCAGUGCUCUGGACUGGGAGUUCUUCUCGGUGGGAGAAGACUAUUUCCUGGUGGUUGCAAACUCCUUUGAUGGAAAUACCUUCUCGGUAAACAGUAUUAUUUACAGGUGGCAGGGGUAUGAAGGCUUCGUGGCCGUGCACAGCCUCCCAACCUUCGGCUGCAGGGACUGGGAGGCCUUCCGCACGGCGGCCGGCUCCUACCUGGUCUACUCCAGCGCCAAGGAACCGCUGUCCCGGGUGCUGAAGCUGAGGACGGGGUGAUGGGCUCAGAACCCCCGGAGCUAGACCUGCGUGGCCACACCCCAGAACCCCACCAGGAACCCCAAAAACCUCUGGGGAGUGGGACAAGUGGGAGAAGUUGUGGCUUCCAGAGCCACCAACUCGCUUUCUCUGGCCCUUGUCCAGCUGCGACAUCAUCACCUAGACAACUGUGGUGACCAGACAGGUGGCUCUGUGAGCAUCCAAGCUGAAGACCAGAGCUGCUCCUGCAAGUCUGCUGUCCUGCAGGGAUUUUGCUUUAAAGGAAAAGUUCAUACAAAGUUUUACCUCAAAAACAGCAGGGCCUGGUCACCUUCCCACCGUGUCCACCACGUAACCAGACACUCAGCUCUGGCUGGGGAGCCCUGAUGCAGGGACCGGCUUCGUGCUGCCUCACAUAUUUGUACCAGCUAUUUAUUGUGUUCUGUCUAUACUGAAAUAUAUUUAUGAUGCUUCUUACAAAAAGUA